AGCAAACACUAAAGCAGUAGCAAACCUUUUCACUUGUUUCAAAUAUAAAUAAAAUACACAAACUUAGCUAAAAGAAAACUAAAAUAUAUAAAGAUAUAGCCAUGGCCGAUUCGCAAGGAGAUACUGAGCUGAUGGGCGAAGAGGAGGACAACGAACUUUUGUUUCACGAAUCGUUCAUCCCGGAGAUCAUCACCAUUGAACACUCGUUCGGCUACGAUUGCAAGAGGCUCUUCAAUCUGGUUCUGGUGGAUGAGGAUACCUUGGUGUUUGCCUCGGGCAACUUUUUGAAAUUUUUUAGCAUUUCCCGGCAAGAGAUUACGUUUCAGGAGACCAAGUACGGCUGUGGCAUAGGCUUCAUUACGAAAAACGACCAUCCCGACUUCCAGGGCCUUUUUACGGUAGCGGAGAAUGGACCACAGCCUACGGUAUUCAUCUACGAGUUUCCGUCGAUGGAUGUUCGUAUCAAACUCUUGAAUGCAGCGAAAGCUUGCUUUACGGCCGGAUCCUACAACAAGACGGGUGAACUGUUCGCCUCACAGGCCGGCUAUCCGGACUUCAUCAUCACCAUCUGGCGCUGGGAAAAGGCUGAGGUGGUGCUGCGAGCCAAGUCCUUUCAGAGCGACAUCCUUUUCGUACACUUCUCGGAGCACAAUCCCAUACUGCUGUGCUCGUCGGGCCUGAGUCACAUCAAAUUCUGGAAGAUGGCCAACACCUUUACCGGGCUCAAGCUGAAGGGCGAUCUGGGGCGCUUUGGCAAGACGGAUUUCAGUGACAUCUGCGCCAUGUACAUGCUGGCCGAUGAGAAUGUGAUCUCGGGCUGCGACUGGGGCAACAUGCUGCUCUGGCAGGCGGGCCUCAUCAAGUUCGAGAUAUGCCGCAAGGGUCGUAAGCCGUGCCACACCAAGCCCAUCACGCGAAUUACUAUGAAGAACGGGGAGGUGACCACCGUCGGCAUGGAUGGCUACGUGCGCGUCUGGUAUUGGGAAACUGUGGACUUGGCGGAUCCGCCGGAGGAUGAUCUGUUCGUGGAGAUCGAUCCGAUCUACGAGUUUAAGAUCGCCGACGUGGAGCUGCGCUGCAUGCAAAAGAUUCAUCUCUACGACGAGAUGGACUUUACGCACUACGCCCAGGAUGGUAACGGCGGCAUUUGGUUCUGCGACAUCAACACUUACGACGUACCUGAGAAGCCCCGAAAGCUCUACUCCUGCAUCGGCGGCAAAGUAAUCUCCUCCCAGAUGUCCCCGGUGUCGCCGCACUUCCUGUGCAUGUCCGAGAGCGGCAAGAUAAUGGUGUAUGAUUACGAGGCGGAAAAGCUCAUCCUGGAGAAGCAGUUCCCGGCAAAAGGCGUCGAAGUGUUGUGGCUGGACACACAGAUAUCGAUCAAUGGUACCGAACUGGUGGCCGGAUUUGAGGACGGCAUUCUGCGGCAAUUGUUUUUGGAUUUGAGCGAUCCCAGCCGGCCAACCAUGACCCGAGUGAGAGUCUUUAAGGCACACACGUCGCCCAUUUCCAGGAUAACCGUGAACCGAACGAGCACUCUGCUCCUCACUGGCAGCGUCGACAAGAGCAUAUUCAUCUACCAGUUGGGCCGCGGUGAUAACUUGUUGGUGGACAUUCAUCCCUUGGGAUUCGUGCAGUUCAGAGCGAUUCCCAACUGCUUCUACUGGCAUGAGACGGAACCCACCGUGGUCCUUGUGGGCUGCAGAACCGGCGAGGUGUACGAGUACAAUGUGCGCACCCAGGUCACCGAGGAGGAGACCUACCUAUCCUACAAUAUUACGGAGUCAUCGCGUCAGCGCUUCGUGAAGUUUACUUCCGUGAAGAGUCGAAUCCGGAGGGACAUCAGACGGCAACAAAUGAAGAAGCGCAAAGAACGUAAGCGGGAGCGCAAGAUGAACGAGAUCGAAAAGCUUAAGAAGGCCAAUCCGGGUCUGCAGAUCGAUAUGGAUUCGGCCCUGGCCGACUCAGAGCCCGAUGAAGAGGAGGAGCCGCUGUUCAUACCUCCUGUGCCCAAUGCCAUCAUCUGGCUGCGCUACACGGUGCGAGACACCAUCUGGGUGUCCAUGGCUGGCUAUGAUGCGGGCUACAUCUAUGAGCUGGAGUUCCAGGCGGCGGAACCUACGUGUUCCACCAUUAUUACGGAUGCGGAUGACAUCGAGAUUCACUCGUACUGCAUUAUAGAUCAAUACCUAAUUUUUGGCCUAAUCAACGGACGUCUUCGCAUCAACCGCAUCAAUCCGGACAACUUUAGGGACCUUUCCCAGUACCGCAUCUAUCCUAUGCACGAUGGUCUCAAGGGCAUCAUUCCCAGCAUCCAGACCAGCUACAAUGGCGAGCACAUCCUCACCGUUGGCUACGAUGGCAAUAUGUUCCUACACAAUUGGCACGGUCCUAGGAUUGUCAAGAACCCCCGUCGGGAUAAUCUUAUGGCCUUGCCUCCCAACGUCCGUGCUGUUCCCGAUAUAAUCGAUUCAGACGAACCAUCACUGGAACAGGAGAAGAUCAAUGCAGAGCUGCGUCGCCAGCAAGAAGCGGCUGAGGCACACGAUCGUGAUGUCCUGGCCAAGAUCGGAGUGCUGCAGAACGAUUACUUUAAGAUCAUCAAAAUUAACGAGGAUCUGCCGCCAGGACUAAGGGCCAAGGAUACAGAUUUGCUGUUGGAUCCACGCAUCAAGAAACAGAUUCGGGAUGAGUUACAGGCAGAGCUGGAUGACGUGCGUGAAGACUUGGCCUACGACCUGGAAUUUGCCCAGGUGGGGCAUAAAAAGCUCUACAAUCACUUCCUUAAAAAGCUAGUCGAAGUUCCCUUCACGGUGAACCCACUGGGUACUAAUGUCCCAGGCGUGGCCACUUUUCGCCUGCAAGAGCUGGGCGAGGAGUUCGAGCAGAUCAAGCGUGACAUUGAACUGCGUCUGCAGCAAGAGCACGACAUGGGCCUCCAAGACCUGGUGGUAGCCGAGCCGUCAAGCGAAUUCACUAGCCAGCCCCCACCGGAAGCGUUUUUCUUCGGCAGGGAUCCGCGUAGCAUCGAGCCACGCUUUAGCAGGAAGAUGAUGCGUCUCCUGGUCCGCUAUCGGAAGCGUCAACUUUACGAAGUGCGUCGCAUCUUUGACUGGGAUAAACUGGAGCGCCAGAAACCGGAUCCCAAUCGCAAUCAUCCGGAUGAUGAUGCCAAAAUCGAGGAGGCCAAGCGCAACUUGGGUGACUAUAAGCUAAAAGUUGGCGACGACUAUGAGCCCAAGUCUUCUGAGACUCUGACACAGAAGUACAUUGAGAUCGUCAAAUGCCGCGAACGUUACUAUAGUAUGGUGAACAGCUUCAACAUAUCGGUGGCAAAGAUGCGCUCCCGUAAGCAGGAUCUGAUGCAGUUCAUCAACGCCAAACGAAAUCGCUUGGACGUGAUAAAUAGCUAUCUACCUGAGGCGGAUCGCCUGCCCUUGAUACCAAUACAAGAGAUCGACAUGGACCUGGAGUUCCCCGAGCUCAAUCUGGUCGAGCACUACACUCCCGGCUGCGGUGUGGAAAUUGAUGACAUUCUCACCCUGGAGCAGAGUGUGGAUGAUGUAAUAGCCUCCCAGACCUCAAAGUUCAAAAAGGAGUCAAGCCUCAGCCUGUUCAAUAUAAGGGGCCUGAAUGUUCCCGAACUGCACGAGUACUCCGCCUAUGUAAUGUUACAAAUCUCUAAGCUGGAACGCUGCCUGUCCAAUGCAGAUCUGAUCGCAAGUCUGAUGGAGCUGCCGGCUGCCAGUGAGCCUGCCUAUUUCGAGGUGAGCCCGGAUGUUGCGACACCUAUAAUGGUUGAGAUGCGACACCGGUGGGUGCGAAACAUGCUGCGUGAGCAGUCAGCGAUCCGGGCGGAGGUCGAGGAGGAGGUUCAGCAGUUUGACAGAGCGCUGGCCAAGCUGCAGGUGACGCGUUUCCACGUCAAGCUGGAUGCCGAGUUUAUGACCUCGUAUCUGAUCAGCCUCAACCAGGAGCUGUACAUCUUGCGCGACAGCGAGGAGAUCGAGCUGCAACUGAUGCUGAACGCUAAGACUGCCAUGAACACCCGGAACGAUCUGCAGGUGGUCAUCAAUGCCACCAACCGUCAGUUGGACGACCUGCGCCGAAACAUCGACAAACUGGGCGAGCAGAUCGUCGCCGUUCAGCUACUCUUCAUGAGCACGGUGAAGGGUCACAAGUUCUUCGAUUUCCUGCGUCGCAUCUUUAAGAAAAAAUGGCGUCCACCGAAGGUGGCUAAGGUCGAUGACGAUGAGUCCUCCUCCUCCUCUUCAUCAUCAUCCAGCGAGGACGAACAAGCGGACAACAAGAGUCUGGACUCUCUAGACAUGACCACCAUUCGGUUGGACGAGACCACCUGUCCAACGGGGCUGGAUCGAGGUCUCUACGACCUGGCCUUCUCCAUGAGAUCCGAUCGCCAUGAACUGGAGCGCAAUGUCCGGGAUCUGCAGCGGGAUGUGGAGAAUAAGCGAAAGGAGAUCGCCGAGAUGCAGAUCAAGAUGAAGUUCCAUGAAGAGGUCUACCAGCGGGAGAAAAAUGCCCUCUUGAAAUUUCGGCGCAAUCGCCAACAGGAAGUCAACAAGGUGAAAAUCAGCGUUAUCGUCCGCAUGGACCAAAUGCAGCAUUUUUACGAGGGUGAUGACUACCGCGACCUGUCCAAGGCUGUACUCUUCGAUGCUGACAUGCUGGUGGAUCUCCGUCGUCGGGCGGAUCAGCUGAGCGAGGAGACCAAGGCCACCAAGCGCUGGCACCGCAUCAACUUCAUUCACCUGCGACGCAUGAACACAGACAUCAAAUUCAUGCGUUUCGAGAUCACACGCCUGGAGGAGGAGAUCCGUCAGGCAAUGAUGAAGAAGUUUGGCCUGAUUGUCAAUCUUGAUGAGCUGGAGGAGGAGGUUUUGCGACGCUAUAUCUUUGAACUGGAAACCAAUGCCGAAGACGAGCUGAAAGCCCUUGAAAAGGAGUUGAUGGAGAAGCAGAAAGAGCUAGCGCGGUGCGAGGAGACCUUGAUCAUGGAGACCCAGAACAACACGGAAAAGCUUAACAUAAUGACGGUUCUGCGCGAGGAGAAGAAUAUUCUUUCCACUCUGUUAGACAUUCAGGAUCGCAACUAUGCCAAGUGGACCAGUCCAAGUGUGCUUAAUUUAACCUACGACAUUGAGAAACUUCGAGGUAUCGAGAACUCCUUGCUUCAGCAAAUCGAGUGUCUGGAGCGGGAAAUCUGCGCACUGCGUCUUAAAUCUAAGCCGCUGCAGAUUAACAACGAGUACGAACUGGAUCCUAAUGUCCCACCGGAGGUAACCACCGAAGUGUUGCCCAAUGACGACGCUUUGGUCUGUCCCGCCAUCCUCAAUGUGGAUGCGUAUUUGCUGCCACCUAUGCCCGAUGAGUUCAUCAUGGAACGCGUUCAGACAAUCGUCCAGAAGAGCUUUAACCGAUUCUUUGGGCGCAACACCACGCCGGAGAAUGUGCGAAAGUUUUCCCAACGAUCCUCUCUUUACCUUUGCCAGGCUGCCUACAGCUUCCAGGGCCGCUAUACGGACCGCAUAGCCGAGUGCAUCACCGAGCACCUGCAAACUAUUGUGCCCAAGAAGUAUUUCAUCCACAUCAGUGCCGAUGAGCUAAGAAAACUAUUUAACGAGGUGGUGUCCGUCUUCGACUACGAACGCUCCGAUGUGAACACGGAGGAGCUAAUCUCAGGCAUCUUUGAUCACGCCAAGGAUUCGCUGUGCGCUCACAUUCAAAUGGCUGACGCCGAUGUGGUUAAUCGUACCCACUUUAUUGUGGGGCACAUGUUCAAGGAGCUCAUCGAGGUGCUGCCCGUGGAGGAGUUCCAGUCGGACGAGACCGUACGAAUGAUCGUGGACGUGCUGGAGCGUGAACCCAUGGUAGAUCCCCGCGCCAUUGAUGUGGACAAUCUUAUCGCCAGCUGCCUGAACCAUGCCCAGGACAAUUUGCUGGAUGGGAUUACGGCGUUGCCGGUGCGCAAACUGGCCAGCAGCAUUCAACGGGACCUGAUAAAGCGGCGCCAGUACAAGCAGCAGGGCUGUCAGCAGCAGCAGAUGUCGGUACGGAUUGCCAGUAAAAAGUAGGUAGUAGUAUGUGUAGGGCGCUGCAGCUAUGGCUUGCCCUUUUAGCGUUAACAAUAUAAUUUAUUUGUAUAAUUAUUUGGAGUGUAAAGCUUUCGGCAAAUGCAAACAAUUUUACAUGUUUUAA